AUGUUAGCUUUUUAUGCAGGGGCACGCGGGGCUUGUGCGGCCGCAGUUGCGGCUUUGCUGCUUCAGCGCUGCCGCGUGGAGUACUGGGGCUCGUCGGUGACGGGCCGCACACAACCGUACGCGCAGGGUGACAUGCUCCCACGUGUGGAUAACACGCGCGCCGCGAUCAAUAAAUCCACCAGCGUGGCCGCGAGUCUUACGGGUAAUUAUUUAGGCAUUGCGUACGACAGCAGUAACAGUUUUUCCGCAGAUGAAUACAACCGGUUGGAGAAGGAACACUACCAGCCUCUGCGGGAUAUCGCACACUACAAGGUGGAGCCGAUCGGUGCGGGCGAUGGCUUGACCACACAGGAGCUGCUGCAGGAGCUGGUCAGGGACAAUGCUGUCGGCCCUGAACUGGCGUAG